GCCGCACAUCAGUUCCUUUCCUCACAGCUUGUGUCCACCUUAAUCAUCGUCUGGAGUAAGAGAGCUGAAACAGGGAGAAAGAGAGAGUAUAUGUUUUUGUUCUGAGGCAGAAAGGCGUGCUCCUGCCUCAGGAUGUUGCUUUUAAAGCUGAAGAAGUAGGUUUCCUGUGGAGGAAACGAUCACAGAAUAGACUUGGUCGAGACACCGUGUUCCCAGCAUUUCUUCAGUACAGGUCACCCAGCAGCAGAUCGGGCAGCAAGCUUUUGUGCAACACAGUCAAUCCUAACCCUUAAGAGGUGUUGUAUUCCCUGAUGGAUCCUGGAUGCUUUGGAGAAUGGUUUACUGACACAACGUUAGCUGACCUUUUCCACAGGAGAAUUCAUUCAUGAAAAGUAUGCAAGUGUCUCAUACUGCAUGCAACUUUAGCUAGGGAAAAUUUAUGAGUAUUUCUACACCAAGUCAUCGUCCAUGUCUAAAUAAGGUCACUUCUAGUUUCCUAUGUCAGGUCCUUGACCAACAAAGACAUGUCCAACAAAAGCUGUGAAUUCCCGUUAAAAGCGGACAUAUUUGGCCUGACCUGUAUCUACAGCCUGAUCUUCUCUUUGGGUCUCCCAAGCAACUUACUAUCUCUAUGGGGACUGUACCAACUGAGUCGUUCAGGCGGAGGAGGCUGCCAACUGGUCUACAUCCUCAACCUGCUGCUGUCAGACCUCCUGCAGCUGCUCACCCUGCCACUCUGGAUUCUUUAUCUCCAAGGUGAGCACAAAUGGCCCUAUGGCCAGCUAACCUGCGAGCUGGUGGGGUACGUGUUUUAUGUAAACGUCUACGCCAGCGUCAUGUUCCUGUGCCUGAUAGCGAUGGACCGCUGCCUGGCCAUCGUGUACCCGUUGAGCAGCCGCAGGAUACGGACUGUUAGGGUGGCCGCGGUGUCCGGUGUGGCUGUUUGGACCCUCACCUUUCUGUUCUGUCUGAGUGGGCUCUUACCGUCAGUGUUUGACUCUGACAGACUGCUGUGCCUGGAGCAGUACAACAUCAGCACCAGAUACGCCUACUUCAAGAUCACCACCACGGCCCUGGGUUUCAUGCUGCCGUGUGCUAUUCUUGGCUAUACAUCAGCCCACAUUGGGGUGACACUCCGACGAUCUCCUUCUCUGUCUGACCAUGAGCGGCACAAAAUCAUGGGCAUCCUAGUUGUGAUCACCGUCAACUUCAUUGUUGUGUUUGGACCCUAUCACCUUGUGGGCGGAUACAGAUUUGUUUCCUUUCUGCUGACUGACGACCCAUGUGGAUUAGAGCAUUCCAUAUUCCUCGUCUAUCGCCUAUGCUAUGGUCUGACCAGCCUCAACACCCUGCUGGAUCCCCUCUUCUACAUCUUCCUGUGCACUGAUGCCCGGCUAGAGCUGCAGAGAUCCCUACCCUGUUUGGGAAGGGGGCAAAACUCCCGAAAAAAGAUUAUCCUCAGUACAAGAGCUCACCCAGACAAGAAGAAAGAGACUGAAACUGGUCAUAAUAAUCUUCUAGGAGGAGUUUAAUUUGGAUUUGACUGUAAAGCUUACUCAAAGCAAGUGUGCCACCCAGUGGAAAUGCAUGGUCACUUUGUUUUCACUUUUUUAUUUUGCCUUUUUACAUUAGCCUUUAGAGUGUUGGAACCCCAAUUUGCUCAGUUCAGUUUUCCGUUUCAAAUCCAGACUUCUCAGAUUUUCCACACCCAUUGUCACCACAUAAAGCCAGAGACAAUACAGUUGAUUCAUUUAUUUACAACAUUUGUUUUUUAGCUAGUUCAUGGAAAUAGACCAAUGCUGGCACUUCACAAAGGUUUUAAUCUCAUUUAAACAACAAAUAAAUAUUCAUGCUUUGUCA